UACCUCGAUGUGUCGACCUGUCGAGAGGCAUCCUCGAUCACGGUGGAAUCGAAGGUUAUAACCUGUUAUCGUCGCCGCCAUCGUCAUCGACGCCGCCGACGUCGUCGUCGUCAGUCCCGAUCAGCUGUCCCGACGGUGAUCGUUCAAUAGCAGCGUUCCACGCGUCGACGCAGCCUACGUGCUAGAACUGAAGGGUCUGGAGAGCACGGAGGCGAGAAGAAAUGAGUUGGACGUGACACAAUGACAUGAUGAAGAGCCUGGUGGGGAUCAUGUGGAUAGUGUUGGUGCUCAUAUCAGGAUGCUCAGGAAAUCCGGACGCGAAGCGACUGUACGACGACCUCCUGUCGAACUACAACAAGCUGGUUCGUCCAGUGGUCAACGUCACAGACGCCCUCACCGUUAAAAUCAAGCUCAAACUCUCGCAGUUGAUCGACGUAAACCUGAAGAAUCAGAUCAUGACGACGAACCUCUGGGUCGAACAGUCGUGGUACGAUUACAAGUUAAAAUGGGAUCCGAAAGAAUAUGGUGGGGUGGAGAUGCUGCACGUGCCAUCCGAUCAUAUAUGGAGACCCGAUAUAGUUUUGUACAACAAUGCCGACGGUAAUUUCGAGGUGACGCUGGCGACGAAGGCGACGUUAAAUUACACGGGAAGGGUCGAGUGGAAGCCACCAGCGAUAUACAAGUCUUCCUGCGAAAUCGACGUAGAAUAUUUUCCGUUCGACGAGCAGACAUGCGUCAUGAAGUUCGGCUCGUGGACUUACGAUGGCUUCCAGGUCGAUCUUCGACACAUCGACGAAAUCCAGGGCAGCAACGUCGUCGACAUCGGCGUCGAUCUGUCGGAGUUUUAUACUUCCGUCGAGUGGGACAUCCUCGAAGUCCCAGCCGUGAGAAACGAAAAAUUUUACACGUGCUGCGACGAGCCUUACCUCGACAUCACGUUCAACAUCACCAUGAGACGGAAGACUCUAUUUUACACCGUCAAUCUUAUAAUACCGUGCAUGGGUAUCUCCUUCCUUACGGUGUUGGUCUUCUAUCUGCCAAGCGACAGUGGCGAGAAGGUCAGCCUAUCAAUUUCGAUUUUACUGUCGCUGACUGUGUUCUUCCUCCUGCUGGCCGAGAUCAUCCCGCCCACGUCGCUCGUGGUACCGCUUCUCGGCAAAUUCGUCCUUUUCACCAUGAUCCUAGACACCUUCAGUAUAUGCGUAACGGUGGUAGUCCUCAAUGUUCACUUCCGGUCGCCACAGACGCACGUGAUGGCGCCGUGGGUCCGUCGCGUUUUUAUCCAUGUUCUGCCAAGACUACUGGUGAUGCGCAGGUAUAAUACGUCUUCGAAGAGAACCGAUUACGAUUCCAGGCCGCAGUACCAGAUAGACAAACGUGGCAUGGGUGGUCAUCACGGUCAGCGCGUGAUGGUCAGAACGUGCAACGGUCUCGAAUUGCGGGACCCGUCUAUGUUCGUGGAGACCUCAGCCUCGGAGUUGGUCGAAUCCUCCGUUCUGUUCCCGAGUCUCGAUUCGCGGGACGAAUUACAUCCUCGGGAAUUGGAAGCGGUGAAUUUGGGAAGCGCGUGUCGCAUUCACGGAUCACCAGCGGCCACGGCAGCUCCUCCGCCUCAACUCCCGACGGAGGAAAGCGUGGACGCUCUUUGUAACACGCUUCAUCAUUGGCAUCACUGCCCAGAACUGUACAAGGCCAUCGAAGGCAUUCGUUUCAUUGCCGACCAUACGAAGAGGGAAGAAGACUCCACCAGAGUGAAGGAAGAUUGGAAAUACGUUGCGAUGGUACUCGACAGGCUGUUCCUGUUGAUUUUUACACUAGCCGUGGUUGUCGGUACGGCAGGGAUCAUACUUCAGGCCCCGACGCUGUACGACGAUCGCAUUCCAAUCGACGUGCGACUCUCCGAGAUCGCAUCCACCACUGCCAAGCCACACAUCGUCACAAGCCUCUGAGAGACAAUUGUUAAUUUUCGUUACUUCCACGUACAACGCAUGCUCACGUACACACAAACAUACACACGUACAUAUAAAUAUAUAUAAAUACGAUACACGUUUCGCAAAGACGCAAGGAACAAAUAUAAAAUGCGUUCGCGUUGACCAGGGACUUUUACGAGAAACACCCAGACCGUACCGUGAAUAAUUUCGAUGUACUUGUACCGUGUACGUUGCACGAACGGUCUGCGUUAACAUUGGCAACCGACCAUACUUGGUUCUAAAGUGCCAUGCUCGAGGCAACAUUAAUCGACGCGUCAAAGUUCAACUAACGAUACAGAAAACGACUCGACGAGCCAAUUGUUUGUUGUUUAGAGUAUAGCACUGGAGAAUUACUGAGAUACCGCUACCAUCGGAAUAUUUCUAUUUCCUUCGCUUGGGUCAGGUUCCGUUAUCGGUGUCGAUCUACUAAUUUUCGUAUCUUAAUUGGCGAUAUACCUCGACAAAGCACGUUACGAAACGUAUCGUACAGCUCAUUUUGCGAUACGAUACAGUUUACACGUUUCACGCGAGCAAAACAGCGGUUUCUCGUCCCUGGUGUUAACAGACUGAAAGACUGAAGCCUCGACGAGUCUUCGACUUUUCGGGUGAGUUAUAAACGACUAAUGGCCAAUUAAUCGCGAUUUGACUGCUCCGCAAGGAUUCUCAGAAAAUACGCACACGAGCGGCCAGGACACGAAGACAUUAAAAAAUUAAGGCAGAGAGUUUCGACUCUCCGAGUGUUAACAAAACGGUUGGUUCGAUUCAACCUCUGCCUCUACUUUCAUUUAUCAACUCCUUACUCUUCGUGUAAACUACGUAUAACUGUUGUAUAUACGAUCGCUUCCGUAUUUGAUUUGAUUUGAUCUGUACAGCUACAUUUAUGUUGCUCUAUUCUUCGACGACACUCGGAGAGUCAACUAUGGAUCCUAGCGAUUACACAUGCAAGAAAAUUGGAUCAAAUAAAUAGCAAAAACGAUAACAUUUUUUUUCGAGAACGAAAUUGGACAAAUUUCUUGAUCUCUGGUUUGCGCCGAAAGUUCAUUCGCAUUGUUGAUUUAUGGCCUCGUUCUAGCUCCGUAAGCUCUUGUAUUAUAUUCCUAUAGUUUCUACCGCAUGGUUCGAGACGAUUUCACUACCUAAGUAGAAAAUUAAAUCGAGUAAUAGUUCCAGAGAGCAAGAAAUAUAUUCCUCGACAGAGAUUGGAAGCAACCGCUUUCCAGUACGUGGUUUUAUUGUUGAUAAUGCAGAUGAAGCAAGAGAUAUAAAGUUUAAACACAAGGUAUUAAGAGUAUAGAAACGAACAAAUUGUCGAAACACGUACACAAUGUAUUUAGAAUUAAUAUGGAAAGAUCUAAAGAUGUUCGAUUUUAUGCCGCUACAAUUGUGAUUCUUCGUACUCGUUUAACGAAUUACGCUCGUGUUUAUCGUCGAGAACGAUCGAUGCCAUUAGACCGCGCUGAGUACGAGUUUCGAAGCAAAAUUAAACUGUAAUAUUGUAUAGUGUGAUAUUAAUUUAUUCUUGAAGCAUAAAACGCGAGCGGAACUAAUGAUCGAUCGAUCUCGAGGGGCACCACGAGAAAUUCGAUGGAUCACGCUGAAGUAGUCUCGCGGUCGCGUUGUACAGAGAGAAAGAAAAUCGCGUACAUGGGACCGAAGCGUUAUAUUUUACAUUUGGGGUUUUUAAAUGGGUUUUACAACGACGAUCGACGUUGAAUCGACUGAGACGUGACAAGGCGACGACUGCUAUAACAUGUAUUAAAACCGGUAACGAGAACGGAUCCGCGAUCAUAAAUGUAGGUGGCAUUUAAUUCAACGAAGCCUGUUGCAGACUCAGGAUGACAGAAAGAUAAUAUCGAGCCGUUUCCGAAACCUACAUCGAGCCUGUAACAAUGGGGCCAUAUUUUCACAAAAAUAAAUAGAAACGAAAAAAAAGGAAAGAGGAACGACGGCGCGCGCGUCACCGAUCGAAACUACAAAUUCUAAAUAUCUGCAUCUACGCGAAGGCGCAGAAUAUGUGAAACUAAAGAGGAAAGACACGGGUUGGGCCUAAGAAAUAUUAACCGACUCAAAUUUUAUUGCUCAUGUAAUACGUAUAUAUGUUUGUAAUAAGGUAACUUUCGUAACCGUAUUCGUUCCAGCACCAUCGACGAACCGCGAACGUUUAUUAGAAAUUUUACACCGCGUGCACGAGAAAGGAAGAAGACGAGGACAAAACUAGAAACACGUAAUUGUUUGUUGUACGAUCGCGUUCCAAUAAUUUAUUGUCUUCCUGAGGUAUGAAAUUACAAUUUACUUUCGACGGGCAGAUAAAUCACAUGUUUUAUUGAUUCGCUGCUGCCCUCGCCAAAUAAAAGAAAGAAAGAAAAAAACACAAAAAAAAAUGUACCAAAAAAAAAAGAACAACAGAAAAAACGAGUAGAGUCUGAUUGGUAAGUUGCUAGUUAAGUAUAUGUGAGUAGCCACGAUAUAUCUUAAAAGCAAACCAACGAUCCGUCGUAUAAGACGUCGAUUUCGUCUUUAAUUGGUAUUCUUCGGCCACAGAUCGUAGAGCUUUUCGAUACGUUUUAAACAUUUUUUACGCGUGACUCUUUUUAGUCGAUGAACUAAUGGAUAACGUACAUUAUCAGAGCCCUGUGGUUGUUAACGUUUGUAACGUGCAAGCAUUUUGCUUGGAACGAGAAAAUUAAGAAUCAGGUUGCGUUUAAUAUAGAGCGAAUCACCGAAAUACUCGGGGGUUAUAAUAAUCGAGAACUUCACCGAGAACGAUAUGUAAGUAAAUCGGAAGUGUUCGGGGUACCGAUAUGGUUGCAGUGAAAUAGAAUUAUAAACAUUUGAAGAAGCUCCUGAUAAGGUAGCAUCACGAACCAUUUUAUUUUAUAACAAAAAUUAGAAUGCCAUAUACAUAAAGAUAUUAUAUUUAACAACAACAACAAAAUCUGUUCAUCUCGUUCGUCAAAAUUUUAAACACAAGCAUCCGAUUCCGAAACGAAGAAAUAAUAAAAGAACAAAAAAAGCAGCUUGUCAUUGUGAUCAUCGCACCGGUGUGAAUUUUACACGUGGACAUUGUUUCCUUCCAUCUUUCGUCCUUUAUUUUUUCGUCGUUUGAGAGAGCGUGAAUGUGUGAGAAGGUCAUUAAAGAAACUCAAAAAAAAAAAAAAAUAAA